CCCUAAUACCCUUGUCUCCUUCUCUCUUUCUCCUGCGCAGCCACCUUCUCUCCUUCUCCUUUCUUCUUCUGUUUUUAAUUUUUCCUUUCAUCAACAUAUAUUCUCUGCAAUUUCUAUCUCUGUAUCACAGUGCAAGAAGGGAAGGGUAUUAAGGGAAUCAGAUUUUCGGAUGUUUCUCAGAUUUGGAGAGAAUCGGAUCCUCUCACGGAGAAGCAACCCUGGAUUGCUUCAGCCAGAUCCACGUUCCAUCCUUGAAUCGGUUCUUAGAUGCGAGUAGCCAAACAUCAAUUUUGCACCAACGAUCCACGUGGGUGACUGUAAAAAAGUGGUUCUUUUUAAUUUCACUACCGCCACGACACCACCUCAACCCCAUUUGUUCUCGUUCUUAACAUUGGGGCUGAGAUUCCAGGAUUUGGCUUCUUCGAGGUGAUCUCGUUGGGGCUGAGAUUCUGCUUCGUGCUGAUUCCGUUCGGUUAGAUAUGAAGCCUGCUGGUUGCUGGGCUUUGAAUGAGCAGCUUGAGAGAUGAUGAGGGCUAGAUUUGAUGUUUACAUGAGUUCUUCCACAUUCAAACGGCCCAUGCUGUCUUCCCGAGGAAUCGCAGAAGGGUCGGGGCAACCCCAGAUGUUGAAUGCAAGUGGUCAGAAACUGACUACCAAUGAUGCCUUAUCAUAUCUCAAGGCAGUGAAGGAUAUGUUUGAGGAUGACAAGGACAUGUAUGAUGAGUUUUUGGAGGUCAUGAAGGAUUUCAAGGCCCAAAGAAUUGAUACUGUAGGUGUUAUAGCAAGAGUGAAGGAACUGUUUGAAGGGCACAGAGAUCUGAUAUUGGGAUUUAACACCUUCUUGCCUAAGGGAUAUGAAAUCACGCUUCCACUAGGGGAUGAACAACCUCCUGCAAAGAAGCCUGUUGAAUUUGAAGAAGCUAUAAGUUUUGUGAACAAGAUAAAAGCUCGAUUUGAAGGUGAUGAUCAUGUUUACAAGUCUUUUCUAGACAUAUUGAACAUGUACAGAAAGGAAAAUAAGUGUAUCAAUGAGGUCUACCAUGAGGUCUACCAUGAGGUUGCAGUACUUUUCCAAGGCCAUGCUGAUCUUCUUGAUGAGUUUACCCAUUUUCUUCCGGACGCUUCUGCUGCUGCCUCUAGUUAUUAUACGUCUGCUCGAAAUUAUGUGCUUCGUGAUAGGAGAUCUGCAAUGCCAACAGUGCGGCAAGCGCAUGUUGUUAAGAGAGAAAGGACUACGGUUUCACACUGUGAUCGUGACCCCAGUGUAAACCGUCCUGACCCAGAUCAUGACAGAGGUUUGUUGAGGGCAGAAAAGGAGCAGAGGAGACGUGUAGAGAAGGAAAAGGACCAUAGAGAAGAUGGCAAGAGAGAUUGGGAAAGGGAUGGCAGAGAUCAUGAGCAUGACGGGGGUCGGUAUAGGGAGCGGUUAUCCCACAAACGGAAAUCUGAUCGUAAGGCUGAAGACUUUGGAGCUGAACCAUUGCUUGAUGCAGAUGGAUUUUUUGGUACGCGCCCUAUGUCAUCUACUUGUGAUGAUAAAAAAAUCUCUGAAAACAAAGUACCCUGAAGAGUUUGCUUUCUGCGACAAAGUCAAAGAGAAAUUACGAAAUCCUGACGACUACCAGGAAUUUUUGAAGCAAGGAAAUAAUCACCCAACAAGAAUUGCAGUCAUUGGUGGGUGAUUUACUGGGAAAAGACCGAAGACAGGGAUGAUGGGAUGAAAGAAAGGGAUCAUGAAUGCCGAGAAAAGGACAAACAUUUCUUAAAACCUAUAAACUAUACGGACACGGAUACAGAUACGAUACGCACAGAUACGAUACUACUGCGAGUAAAAUACCUUAACCACUCCAGUAAAACACAGAUACGAUAUCAUGUCAUUAUAUGGAUUAUGCCUGUAUCUAGUUCUAGAUGAA